AUGUCAAAGGUUCUCGCCAUAGGGGCUUCCCGCAACAUUGGAUACUACUCCUCAUUGAGACUUCUUGAACUGGGCUACACUGUCACCUUUCUUCUCAGGAAGCCAGAAUGCUUCGACCAAGACGAGGCUGUAACCCGCUUCGUGAAAGACGGCAAAGCCCGCCUGAUCAAGGGCGACGCUCUGGUCAAAGCCGACGUUCAGCGCGCCUGGGCUGAGGCCGCCAAGGGCGGCGACGAUAAGACUGUCGACUUCAUGCUGUUCACUGUCGGGGGCACGCCCUCCUUCAAGCUGACCAAAGGCUUCGUCAUCGAGCCCCCGAACCUCGUCACACAAUCCCUCCUCAACGUCCUCGAGACGCUCCCCGCCGACAGUCCGGACGUCAAGCUCCUCACCAUCUCCUCGACAGGCCUCACGCGCGAGUCGCACGACGCGCUCCCAUGCGCGCUCAAGCCCCUGUACGGGUACGCGCUCGCGGCACCGCACAAGGACAAGUGCGGCGCGGAGGAGAUUCUCGCGCACGCUGCCGGAUGGAAGUGGGACGUACAGGACAGCGCGGGCGAGGAGAUCCUCGGUGCGGGCUGGACGAGGCGCGUGCCCGAGCCUGCGGCGCUGAAGCGUCUGGUGGUUAUCCGGCCGGCGUUGCUCACGGACGGGGAGUGCGUCGCAGAUAAGCCGCAGAAGCAGCCCGGGAAGGAGGCGUACCGCGUCAAGCAGGGUGACAUUGACAGCAGCUGGACGAUCUCGCGUAAGGAUGUCGCACACUUCAUGGUGGAAAAAGUGAUCAAGAACUGGGAUGAGUGGGAGGGGAAGCGGGUGAGCAUUGCUUAUUGA